AUGGCACUUCCUGCGGCUGAAGCCGAGCUUUCGGAGGAGCAGGUUCUCAGAUAUUUGGCGAAUCUCCAGCCGGACCAGGCAGCGGCUUUGCUGGCCAAAUCGGCCCAGAAAACCCAGAAGCCGGAUUCGCUGCUGGCGGGCCCCGUGGAGGAUGCCCAAGAUGGACUGGACAGAGACCGGACAGAGUCCGCCAAGGAAGCCAUGCGGGCUAUUGCGGCAGGCAACUUUGCGGUUGCCCAGGAACGGGGCGCAAAGGCAGAUUUGUGCUGUCUUGGUGAAGACGGAUGGGGUUUCCUGCACUGGGUCGUACACGUUGCCGGCGCUGCAGGUGCUGCCUCAAUGCAGAAAGAGGAGCAUGCAGUCGGAUGCCAAUGCUGUCACACCUCGCCCGCCCAUAAAAGAGGCCCCGCUUUUGCACUGCUUCAAAAUCUGUUGAGCUCUGAGGAAGGGCGUUCAGCAGUAGAUUUCCCUACGUCACAGGGCGCCACUCCUCUCAUGUUUGCUGCAGACGCGGGUGACGAAGAGACGUGCGCAGAGUUGCUGCGAGCAAGGGCCGAUGUUUCGUUGAAGGACUGUGAUGGUGAUACUGCAGAGGCUUGGGCCUUGGCAAAGUCUCACAGAAACUUAGCGACUUUGCUGCACAGUUAA